UAAAGUGAAAGAAGAAACCCCUCCAGCUGGAACCACAAACGUUAUGAAACACAGUCCACGGCUGCGUUAUGCAAACACACCUUCUGCUCCCAACCUGCGGUAAUAAACACUGAACCUCACAGGGGGAAAAAUGAAAACAAGACCGACGAAGUCCGCAGAUGCAUCUGAAUCAAAGGCUAAACUGAGGAAAAGAACCGGGGAAAGUUCUGCUCCAACUCUCUCCAAGAAACUCCGAACCAGAAAAGAUGGAGAAACAUCCAAACAAGGGCCUCCUGUUAAGUCUGCAGGAGUUCAGAGGAGAGGAGCGUAUGGGAGCAUCCUGCACUACAUCUACAGGAGCACUCUGGGACAGAGUCUCCACUCACAGAUGAGACAGUGUCUGCAGGAACCUUUUGUUCGCUCGCUGUCGUCCUAUCAUUUCCAAGGAGCUACCAGCCCCUUCAACCGGAGGAUCACCUGUCUGGAGUGGCAUCCCACUCAUCCCACCACUCUGGCUGUUGGCUCUAAGGGCGGUGACAUAUAUCUGUGGGAUUUUGAGGCACCCGCAAAAAAAGUAUUUCUUCAAGGGAACGGAGCAGGAGACUUUAUUGGAGGGAUGAAAUUUUGCCCGACGGACCUUUCCAAAGUCUACGUGGCUUCUGGUGAGGGCACAUUGACCGUGCAGAGCUUUGAGGGCCGCACGCCCACCGUUCUGUCCAGAACUCAAGACUGUGGCCACGAGCACCACAAUGUUUGUUACUGGUUCUGCUGUGUGGAUGUGUCUGUAAGUCGACAGAUGCUUGUGACCGGAGACAAUGUGGGACAACUUACACUCCUGGGUUUGGACGGCCAAAAGAUUUUCAGUGACAAGCUGCACAAAGCCAAAGUGACCCAUGCAGAGUUCAACUCCUGCUGUGAUUGGUUGUUGGCGACGGCCUCAGUCGACCACACCGUGAAACUUUGGGACCUGAGAAACAUCAAAGACAAGAAGAGCUUCCUCCACGAGAUGCCUCAUGAGAAAGCCGUCAACUCCGCCUAUUUCAACCCGUUGGACUGCUCCAAGUUGCUCACCACCGAUCAGUACGACCAGAUCCGGGUCUACUCCUCUCCCGAUUGGUCGAAGCCUCAACAUAUCAUCCAACAUCCACACAGACAGUUCCAGCAUCUCACACCCAUCAAGGCCACAUGGCACCCUGUCUAUGACCUCAUCGUGGCGGGCCGCUACCCCGAUGACCGGGUUUGCCCUGGAGAUCAGAGGACCAUCGACGUCUUUGACUCCAACACAGCCGAGCUUGUGUGUCAGCUGCAAGAUCCCAGUGCCUCAGGAAUCAAAUCUAUCAACAAAUUCAACCCGAUGGGUGACAUCAUUGGAUCUGGAAUGGGUUUGACGGUGCUGGUGUGGGAUAGAGACAAGUCACUGAACGAUGAUCGGCCCAGAGCGGAGGAGGAGACCUCGACCUCGUCGGACAGUUUAAGAGGCCAGCAGAGGAGUCGGCAGCGCUCCAGCAGGGACAGGAGAGCUCCUGCUAUGGACGCAAAGCUCAAGAAGAAACUGGCUUCUCUGGAAGAAUUGGAGACCAAGACUGUUCAUACCAAACAAAAACAAACGCAGACGAGGAAGAAGUAAACUGUGGAUUUUAAAAGCUUGUUUGUAAAGUGUUUUUCUACUGUACUUUAAUAAAAAUGUUCAUGUUUCAUACA